AUGCCGACAUACGGUGUGGCAAAUGCCAGCGGGAGCGAGGGUGCCGAGGGACAUCUCGAGUCGGAUGCACUUCUCGGUGUGCGCUCUGAGGAGAGCCCAAAGCCCAGGGAAGGACAUGCGACGAUUGUGAGCUCUGUCAGCAACUUGGCGAAUACGAUUCUGGGCAGCGGCAUGCUUACCUUCCCAAUGGCCAUGGCCUCUGCCGGAGUGAUUCCUGGUAUAUUGACGUGCAUGUUCUCUGGUGCGAUGGGCGUGUUCGGGCUGUAUCUCUUGUCGCUGUGCGCGCGGUACGCGCCGCACCGGCGGAGCUCGUUCUUCGCUGUAUCACAGAUAACGUUUCCGAAGGCUAGCGUCUUCUUUGACUUGGCUAUUGCUGUUAAAUGCUUCGGAGUCUCGAUCAGCUACCUGAUCAUCAUCAAGUCGCUCAUGCCGAAUGUGGUCGCUUCGCUAUAUCACGACUUGACCUCCCUAGACACGAAUCCGCCCAAAUGGACUCAAUCACCAGAAAACUGGAUAGUCAUUUUCCUGUUCAUAUUGGCGCCGCUUGCGUUCUUGCGCAAAUUAAAUAGCUUAAGGCAUACUAGUUAUGUUGCUAUAUUUGCCGUAGUCUACUUGGUCGUCAUCGUGAUCACUUGCUAUUUCAGCCCUUUGAAAGGCACACCACCUAGAGGAGAAGUCCACAUGAUCCAUUUCACGUCGAGCUUCGUUUCGACGUUCCCAGUUCAGGUUUUCGCGUUUACAUGCGCGCAGAAUCUGUUCCCCGUCUUCAACGAACUGUAUCAUAACAGUCAGAAACGCAUGAAUAUUGCCAUCGGAACUUCCAUUGGGGGCGCUGUCUUCAUCUACGAGAUCAUUGCUGUCUUUGGUUAUCUGACAUUCGGCUCAAAUGUUGGCUCAAACAUCAUCGCAAUGUAUCCUUCAACGUCGCUAUUUGUUGCUGUCGGGCAACUCGCGAUUGUUGUUCUCAUCAUGUUCUCGUACCCACUGCAGAUACAGCCUUGUCGUAAUUGCAUGGACAAAGUCCUCAGCACGCACACCGUUGAGAAGCCUUUGGGCGACGAAGACGCAGAGACUGCGGUUGUGGACGAACACGGUCCAGCCGAGAUGAGCUUCAUGAAGCACACUGUGCUGACGGCAGGAAUUGUUGUAUCCACAUUCCUCAUCGCAUACACCGUCGACAACUUGCAAAUGGUGCUCUCCUUUGUCGGUUCGACGGGUUCAACGACUAUAUCAUUUAUCCUGCCCGGAUUCUUCUACUGGAAGCUCUCUCGGGACGACCCGACUGUGAGCCGAAGGCUGAACCGGUCCGCAUUUGCACUUGGAAUUUACGGGUGCUGCGUGUUUGUGUUCUGUCUCGGAUUCAACAUUUACCAAGUAAUACACCCCUCGAAAGGAGGCCCCUCUCAUUCAAUUGAUUAG